AUGGCUGCCAUGCGAUCCUUUGGAGCGCCGCUCCGAUGGGCCGCCUCGGCGCGCACCACCAUCGCCCUCCCAGCUGCCCGCGCCGUCCGCUUCAACUCCUCGAGCAGCUCGACCUCUGCCAUUGCCUACAAGGCGCUGCGGCGACGCUCAGCGCCUCUGCCUCUGACCGAGACGCCGCCCUCGUGGUCCGCCCAGGCCGCCGUCUCCAACAUCCUCUACGAAACGCCCACACCUAGCAUGGCGCCUCCCAAGCGCCACAUCCUCAACUGUCUCGUCCAGAACGAGCCCGGCGUGCUCUCUCGUCUGUCUGGCAUCCUUGCCGCCCGCGGCUUCAACAUUGACUCGCUCGUCGUCUGCAACACCGAGGUCGAGGACCUCUCCCGCAUGACCAUUGUCCUCACUGGCCAGGACGGCGUCGUCGAGCAGGCCCGCCGCCAGCUCGAGGACCUCGUGCCCGUCUGGGCCGUCCUCGACUACUCCAGCGCCGCCCUCGUCCAGCGCGAGCUGCUUCUCGCCAAGAUUAACAUCCUCGGCCCCGAGUACUUUGAGGAGCUGCUCGCCCACCACCGCGAAAUCACCACCGGCGACGUCCAGGCCGCCGCCGCCGACCCGGAGCUCAACCAUGAGAACCAGCAGACCCUCGAGGAGAGCGCCGCCCGCGACUUUCACCCCAGCAAGCUGGCCGCCUCCGAGGCGCUCCGCCACAAGCACGAGCAUCUCAAAACUAUCACCUACUUUACGCACCAGUUUGGCGGCAAGGUGCUCGAUAUUAGCACCGUGAGCUGCAUUGUUGAGGUCUCUGCCAAGCCCUCCAGAAUCGACUCCUUCCUCAAGCUCGUCGCUCCUUUCGGCAUUCUCGAGUCUGCUCGCACCGGUCUCAUGGCCCUACCCCGAUCCCCUCUCAAGGGCCCCAACGAGGAGCAACUCACCCUCGAUGCUGAUGAGAUUGUCGACGCCAGCCAGCUCCCCCCUGGUUAA